CACCCCCCACAAGCCACUGACGUUUGCCACUUCCGCAAUUGUUUGUGCCGCGUUUAGCAAAGGACGCGGAUUGUGCGUACGCGUAUGUGUGUGAACGUAUACGCGUGUGUACGUGUAAGUGUAUAUACUGGUGACGCACGCACACAAGGUCCCGUUACGCAGUCAUACUGUGAGAUCCCCUUCUCCAGGUUUAUGUCUAGUCACUCACUACAUCGCAGAGAAAGAUAAUUAUCUGCUAUUACUUUACAUACCGUUCCUUCGAGCAAUUACUGUCUUUGAUCUUAAAAGCCAAUUCAAACGCCAAAUGACGAAACGAAACUUAAGUAUAAAUCUUGAUAACGAAACAAAUCAGUGUAAUAAUAAAUAAUCAGAAACAAAGAAAGAAAAAAACCACACACAAGCGAAUCACACAGAAAACGAAACCCAAAAAAUUAAAAAAAUAAGAAAUAAAAUAGAUAAAUAAAUAAGUCAAAUCAACCGACAGAGAAAGAGAAAUUAAAGAAAACGGGAAACAGAACACCUUCCCCUCGCGGACUAUCCAUGAAGCCAAGAAUUCGAAGGCAAACGAACUAACUGAAGUCACCAUGAAGUCCUCUGCAUCAGCUGUUCUUGCCCUCACGUGGGUUCUCCUCGCUUACUUCUCCAUGGCCGAGGGUCGAAUAUUUAUGAACAACCUCUUCGGCAAACAAAAAAGUGAAGGUCCAGAAAGAUGUCCUUGUUCAUGCGGCCUCCCCAACAGAAAGAUGCGCCUGGUGGGGGGAAGCUGGUCCGAGAUCAACGAGUACCCCUGGAUGGUGGCACUGCUGUACAAGGGCCACUUCUACUGCGGUGGCACUCUGAUCAGUGACCGAUAUGUGCUCACUGCGGCGCAUUGCAUCGAGGGCGUGAACGUGAACAACCUGCGCGUGAUGGUCGGCGACCACGUGCGCAGCUUCCCGAUCGAGACCAAGAGCCGCGAUUACCAGGCCGUUUACUCCGUCUACCACCACGAGUUCAACCGAUCCACUUACAACCACGACAUCGGCCUGGUCAAGCUGGGGCAGAAAGUGGAGUAUAAGUGGUACUCGAGGCCCGCGUGUCUGCCGCAGCCAAACAGCGACUACGUGGGUGAACUUGGAAUCGUGACAGGCUGGGGUCGCACGUCCCAGGAUGGCGACCCCACAGACACCCUGAAGGAGAUCCUGGUACCCAUCUUCUCGAACCCCGCCUGCCGCGCCCUCAGGUACAAACCGCACGAGAUCACCGACAACAUGAUGUGUGCGGGAUACAUCGCCGGAGGGACGGACUCGUGCCAUGGCGACAGCGGAGGCGGACUCAUGUGGCAAGGCAGAGACGGCAAAAUGGAUGUCAUUGCGAUCGUCUCCUGGGGUCAAGGGUGCGCGCGCCGAGGCUACCCCGGAGUGUACACGAGGGUCAAUAAUUACCUCGACUGGAUCGAAGAACACACGAGGGAUAGCUGUUACUGCGGGAGACGCCAAGGGAGGUCGUAGGAAUCUCUCGGCGGGUGCUGGGGCGUCGUGCACCUUUUGAAUUUUGGUUUGGCUUUUGUUUGUUUUCUAUGUUUGUCUGUUUAUUAUUUUUGUUGUAGUUGUUUAUGUUUGAUUUGAUUUGAUUCUUUGUUUUUGUUUUGGCUUUAA